AUGGCAUCUGCUGAGGCUGUGAACGUUCCUUUCUUCAAAAAAAAAGGAAAAGGCCGCCCUACAACGACACGUAAGCGUUCAGCUUCGCCAGAUUCAUCAAAACCUCAAGCGGCUUUCGCCUCUCCGUCCUCUUCCAAGUCAGAGGUCGUACUCCCAACAAAGAAAACGGCCAAUAAUUUGCUUAGUGCAGGGACAAAGCGCACGGUUGCUCAACGCGAUGGCUUUGACGAUAUAGACGCUCCUGAAAAGGACGGCCCAGAUGUCAAGUGGACCGCUGCAGGGUCUCAUACAAAUGCAGCUCUUGAAAUCCUAGCUGGCGAUGAGGCCGAGGAGCUGCUUGCGAAGAGGCGUAGAAAGGAGAAAGCGGAUGCGGGUGUGGAGGAUGAGAUACCAGAUGAUGGACAGUAUCAUGGUCAAAGUGCAUACAAAGCUCAUAUCAAAAAGAGCACGGAGGUCCCCAAAGCGAUGCGCGUUGGUCCCCAGCGGAGUACAAGUACUAUCCGAACUGUAACGAUCGUUGACUAUCAACCGGAUGUAUGCAAGGAUUACAAAGAAACUGGUUAUUGUGGCUUCGGCGACACAUGUAAAUUCCUUCACGACCGUGGAACGUAUCUUGCAGGAUGGCAGCUCGAUAAAUUGGCUGAAAAUGCUAGCAAGCAAGUGGAAGAUGAGUCUGACAGCGACGAUUCUGAUGAAGAUGUCCCAUUUGCUUGUCUCAUCUGUCGAAAGCACUACACGGAUCCAGUCGUUACUCGCUGUGGCCAUUAUUAUUGUUCCGCAUGUGCCAUAAAACGGUACGCUAAAACUCCCAAGUGCCUUGCAUGCGGCACACCCACUGGUGGUAUCUUCAACCGUGCCGACAAGAUCAUCGACAAAAUCAACAAGAAGAAAGAGGCAAAGUCUGCCAAAGAGGACGAAGAGUUGGGCAACAACGACGCACCUGUCCAGAUUGAAGGGUUGCAAACUGCAGGAGGAAACAGUUCAGAAGGUUCAGGUUCAGAAUCGGAAUCGGAAUAG